AUGGCAGGCAGAGCAGAAGACUAUCUUGAAUCACUUCUCACUGAUGCCUUUAAGGGGAAAGGAUUUGAAAAAAUAAGCGAACUGCUUCAAGAGAGAGAAGUAGAGCCUCCCCAGAAAUACAGUGAAUCUCUUUUUAGCCAGCUAGACAAAGCACUGAGAAAGGAGCUGGACAAGAAUGAAUUCCAGAAUGUUUCGCUGCUGCUGAAAUGUAUUCAGGUCUACUUUAAAAGUGAUUUCCAAGAAGGGAAGAGUUUGUUUAUUGAGCAAGGACUGGUAGCAAAGAUGAGUAUAAUAUUAUAUAUUUUAACCAAUUCUUUUAACUUUUACCUGGUAUCUUGGUUUGAAAGAGCAAGAGCAUCUGUGAUCCUCAUCGACCCAAAUGAGAAUAAAUUUUUUGAAGACUUCUUUGACACUGCAUUGGUGAUUUGCAAAUGCAGUAAUGAAGAUGGGAAAAAAGAUCUUCUGAAUUUAUUUUUACCUGAACUAGGGCAUCUAGUAACAGAAGCAAAUCUUUGCUGCACUCUGCAUCUGGAGGCUUUGAGGACCCUUAACUCUAUACUCGACAACGUCACACGGGAAGAGAGAAAGCAAUUCCCUCUGUCUGAGGAAAUGUGCUCGCUCACGAAAGACCUUGCCAAAACUAUUCUGGAGGUUGGUGAUUAUGACCUCCAGGUUGCCCUUUCAGAAGCACUUUGUAGGUUAAUGAUAAAAAAAUGGAGAGAUGACCUUGUUCACCACUGGUUUGAAGAUAACUAUCUUGCUGAAGCUUUCAAAGAGAUCAAGGAUAGAGAAUUUGAGACGGACUGCAGAAAAUUUCUUAACCUGCUGAAUGAAAGGCUUGGGAAUGAAAGAAGAGUGUAUUCUUUUCCAUGCAUAUCUGCUUUUGCUGACACGGAGGAGGUGAAGAAGCCAUCGGAUGAAAAACUGGAGGAGUUUUGGAUUGACUUCAACACUGGCAGCCAGAGUGUGACUUUCUAUCUGGAUAGUAAUGAGGGCUUUCUUUGGGACUCUGUGAGGCUGUCAAAAGAAGCUGUCAGCAGUUACAGGUUGGAGGAGGAUGGUGGACAAAAGAUUGUUAAAAUUUUUAUGAAGAAACCUGCUGCUCUUACCAAAACGGAAGCAACAAAAAUCAAACUGAUUUUCAGUGCUGAGUUUGAAAUCUUAGGUGUACUUAAGAAAGUCCUGGGUGAUGAAAAAUUUAUGAUAAAUGAGACCGAAGAGAAGUCUGUCCAUGCUGGGAAGCAAGCCAGGGAGAAUGAAACAGUGAUAGCUGAGUCUUCUAAUGCACAAAGGAGGAAAGAUCCCUCAAAUUCUGAAGACAUGGAGACUUUAUCAGAGAACUUAACCUCUGAGAACAGCCAGCAGUUAACACGCACAGUAGCAAAAAUGGUGAACUCUGGUGUUGCCGUGGUUACAGUGAGCCAGCAAACUGACCUGGAAGAUGCUAACCAAGGCUCAGCAAAAAAGUCCAAAACUCCAUCUCCAGGAAUGAAGGCUAAGCCUAGUGAGAAGCCCCUAGAAGAACCCAGGGAGGAGGAAACAUCAAAGCUCCUGGAACCCCCUCUUUUUCCAAAGGAUGUUGCCUGGGAAAAGAGAAACAGGAAAAAAAGUUUGGCCAAGCAAAGGGCUGAAGACAGGAAGGAAGUCUUUGACUUUGAAAACUCAGACUCUUCAAGUCAUGAAAAGGUUGCUGAAGCCAAAGGAAAGAUUCUUGGUCAGAAAGCUUCUUCACAAAAUCAGAGGACUUAUGAAGUAAAAAACAAGAACAAGGAAUCAAACAAGCUCGAGAGAAGGCAGUCCAGUUACAGGAAACAUCUUUUUUCGGAAAGCAACAAUGAAAAUACAAGCACUGGUCAGAGUGAAAAAAGCUGGAUCCUUGACUCUCAGAUACAGUCGGUGCCAAAAUCUGUUGACUAUACCCGAAAAAGAACAAGGGUGAGAAGUAAAUUGAAAGUGCUUCCAAUGUCUUCUGCAAGUAGUGGCAGUGACUACGCGUCAAAGAAGGGGAGAGAAUCAAGGAAAAGAAUUAAAAAGGAGAUGCUAAGGGAAAAAAGCAGAUUUAGCGCCAAGGGAGGUGAUUUACCUACAGUGGAUCAUGCUGAUGAAACGCUCUCAAAAGAGCCCAAAGAGGAUUUGCUAUCACCAGGUGUGUCUGCUGGGGGCUAUUCCAGUGAUAUGGAGAAGGCUGUGCAGAAGUUACAUGAAGCGCCUGGAAAUUUGACUAGAGAAGAAGAAAGUACUAAGCGGAAGGACUCAGAUAUAUUAGAAAACACUGUCAUAAAAAAGCUUAAAUUUUCCAGCUGGGAGACAAAUCAUUCAUCUUCUGACACUAACUAUAAACCAAGGAAAAUUUUUGAUUCAGUAGAAGAGGAAGCAGAGAUCCAAAAAGGUCAGGAAAUGGAUGAUAGUGUGGGUGAUGUGUUUUUUUCCAAGAUGCAACAUGAAGACUUCAGUCAUUCAGGAGUGAUUACUGCAUUUGAAAGCUUUGUUGACCAACUGAAGAAACUGUUCUGGGCCCGGUACAAAAGGAUGGAGAUCAGCACACAGAAUGCCCUGAGGUCUUCGGAGAAGAACUUGUCUGCCUUGCUGAACCAGAUACACCAGUGCAGGCUUAAUAAACUUGAGACCUUCCAGAAGAUUGUCGUUGACGAACUUUCCAGUCUUGAGAAGGAAAUUCAAAUUUUGGCAAACAUGGAGAAGGAUGCAGUGGACUUCUGGAAUGCACAUCUGCUCAAGUUGAAUUCUUUCUGCAACCAGCAAAAACAAAGAAUUGAGUCUGUUGACUCAGCCGUGGGUGAAUCAGUGAAGAGUUUUGCCGACAAUAUCCAGAAUACAACAUACGAACACCCAAUGAAGAAGGCAGAAGAAAGCAAUGUGUUCGUGGUUCCUUCUGACUAG